CUGUGGUCUAUCAGCAGUGGAGGGCUCGAUGCAAAUCAGGGCUGCACAGCCCUUGGCCGCUGUUGCAGCUGCUCCCCAGUGCAGCAGGCUGGAUGGGCUGGCAGGAAACGCCUGCCCACGCCUGCGCGCCUCUGCUGGUCCCCGCCACUUGCACAGUCCCCCACCCUGCCGAGAGCUGCCGGCUGCCAUCACCUCGCAAUGCACUCUGCCAUCUGUGCCCCACGGGGCCUGCUCUCUGCAGGGCUGGCACUCCUGGUGCUUCCGGGAGCCGUGCUGGGCUCAGACUCCAACCCAGACAGCAACUCUGUGGCUGUGGUCUUCCUGGUCUUCCUGCUCCUGCUGCUGCUCCUGGUGCUGGCCCUGGCCUGGCGCAAGCUGAGCCAUGAUUCAGAUGGCAGGUAUCACCCACGCCACCUGUGCCAGCCACAACAUCUGCUAGCAGCCCUGGCCAGGCGCUGGCGUGAGCUGCGAGGGCAGGUGCCCCCUGAGAGGCAAUGGCAAGGCAAGGACAACGAGGAUGAGGACGAUGACGAGGAGGACGAGGAAACCCUUCAGCGGGAUGAGGAGGAAGGUGGAGGAGGGCAGGAGCAGCAGAGCGAGGAGGAGGGCGCUGCUGUGCCAGAGGGGACCCCACCCUGCGAUGCCCCUGAGGGAGCCCUAGAAGAGGGAGGGAAGGCAGAGGGUGCCAGCGCCGGAGGCCUGCUCAGUGACCUGCACUCCUUCUCCGGGACAGCUGCCUGGGAGGAUAGCGCCGCAGAAGGAGGCAGCCGCCAGCAUGUCACUGCACUCUAGGGCAGCUGAGGGAAGGAUACAGACUGUGGGAGAACUGCAGCCCCCCACUUGCUGACUGGGGAGCAACUGCAACUGCUCCCAGCCCCCCUACAAGGAGGUGGGAUGAACUGCUCCCCACACCCCACCCUGCAGAGCUCUUCACCCCUCGCCAUGGGGCUGCAAUGGCCCCCCCUGCACCCCACUUCUCCCCACCAGCCCCCUCACACCAGGAGAGACAGCCCAAGCAGAGCACGGAGUGCCCCAUCUCCCCUAGGCUCUGCACUAACUCUAGCACUCCUCCUCCCUCCCCAUCUGCACCAGGAUAUAGGGUGUGACACCAUGGCACGAGGGCGUGGCUCCACUCCCACUGAGGAGCUGCUGAUUGGCCCACAGGCAGCGCUACAGGCACCAAUAAAGGGGCAGCAUUGCUCAUAACCUGCCACAAUCUGCAGUUUCAUUUACCCCCGAGGGGAAUGCUGGGGGUAGGGCUGCAUGGAAGGGGCAGAACUCACUGUGAACCACACUCCUGGAAGAGGAAGGGAGGGUGACCCCAGCCUUCUGGCCUCAAGGAAGGCUUGUCAGGCCCCCCUGCCCUACAACAUGGUGGGAGUAGUGUAUGAGGCUUCUCCAUUGAACAAUCUCCCCAACUGGCUGCCCACCAGCUGGAGUGGCACCCCUCCCCCAAACACCAUGGAGAAGCUGGCAAGGGGGUGGUGGCAAACUACCUCCUCUCUCCCAGCAACAAGAAGGGGGGACCACAGCACAGCCAUACCCGGGCUUUAAUUGGCACAGACUUGCCACAGAGAGGGGCUGUCUGCCCCCCACACAUCACAAGGUGACAUAGCAUACAGCAAACAAGCCAGCAACCCUCCCACUCAGAGAAGGCAGAGUGUGGUCACCUCCCUAAUAUUCAGUACCCCCACUGUCCCCCCCUGCACCAUGCCUCUCCAGGCUCUGCCCCCCCCCCCCCAGACUUCCAGGACUCUGAGCCCCGCCUCCUCAGCCCAGCACCCUAACCCCUACCAUAUACCCUGUACAAUGGCCUUCUUCACACAAGCCUCCCAGCCAUGCUCUGCUCCCUCCCCCACACACACUGACCCCCUCGACAAUGCCCCUGCCACGCUCUGCUCUCCUCUCGCGCUGACACACACACACCCCGCCGUGCUCAGCCCCUUGAACCCAAAACAUGAUCUCACGCACACACACACACACACACACCCCCUAUCAUGCUCAGCCCCUUGAACCCGAAACAUGAUUUGUAGCAA